AUGGCGUCUUCUUCUACUUCAUCCAUUUACAAGAGUUUUAAGUAUGAUGUGUUUUUGAGCUUUAGAGGCGAAGACACUCGUACAAAUUUCGUUGAUCAUCUUUAUUAUGCUCUUCAGCAGAAAAACAUUCACACUUACAAGGAUGAUGACAGAAUCAAAAAGGGCAAAAGGAUCUGUGAUGAACUCAUCAGAUCCAUUGAAGAUUCAAAAUUCUAUAUCAUUGUUUUCUCCAAAAAUUAUGCCUCUUCCUCUUGGUGCUUAGAUGAGCUUGUGAAGAUAAUGGAGUGUCACAAGACCACCGAGCAUACUGCCUACCCCAUCUUCUAUGAUGUCGAACCAUCGGAAGUCCGCAGACAAAGUGGGGCAGUUGAAAAAGCCUUUGCCGAUCAUGAAAAUGAAGAGGCUGCAGAGAAGUGGAGGGGUGCUCUAAAAGAAGCAGCGGAUCUGGCCGGAUGGGAGUUGAAGAAUACUGCCGAUAGGCAUGAAGCUAAAUUCAUCCAGAAAGUUGUUGGAGAAAUUUCACUAGAGUUACGAUCCGUCAAUUUCAGCAUUGAUGAAACAUUAGUAGGCAUGGAGACCCGGAUCUAUGAUGUUUUAUCAUCUCUAGGAACAAGUUUAAAUGAUGUUCGCAUGAUCGGGAUCAAGGGAAUGGGAGGUGGUGGGAAGACAACUUUAGCCAGGGCUGUUUUUGAUCAAAUAUCCUUUCAAUUCGAAGGUAAAAGCUUCGUUGAGAAUGUUAGGGAAGUUUCAAAUGCUUCUUUGUUCGGUUUGAAGUCGUUGCAAAAUCAAAUUCUUUCCGAUAUCAUAAAGGAUCAAGGCAUCACUGUAAGUAGUGUUUACGAAGGGAAAAGCAUGAUGAAGAGAUGGAUUCAUGGUAAAAAGGUUCUUCUUGUUCUGGAUGAUGUGGAUCAUAUAGAACAGCUUGAGGCGUUGGCUGGUGAGAUGAAUUGGUUUAAGCCGGGAAGUAGAAUUAUCAUUACAACAAGAGAUGAGCAAGUGCUUGUAGCACAUCGAGUGAAGUCGAUUCAUAACGUCCGGUUGUUUUUAGAUGAGGAAGCAAUUUGCCUCUUCAGUAGGUAUGCAUUUGGGAGAGUGAUUCCAGAUAUAGGGUACGAAGCACUCUCACAACAAGUUGUGCAUUAUGCAGCUGGUCUUCCCUUAACGAUCAAAGUUUUGGGUUCAUUUCUUUGUGGUAAAAAUGAGCUUGAAUGGGUAGAUGCUCUGAAAAGACUUAAAACAAUCCCGUUAAUGGAAACUCUGAAAAAGUUAGAAAUAAGCUAUAUCAGUCUAGAGGAGGAUUACAAAGAAAUAUUCCUAGAUGUUGCAUGUAUAUUUAAAGGAUGGUCGAAAGACUUUGCAAUCAAAGUGCUUGAAAGUUGUGGAUAUCAUGCUAGAACUGGUUUAAGAGUUCUUGAGCAAAAAUCUCUCAUAACCAUUUAUGAAGAUUCUUCUGAUGAUGAAGAGUGCUUGGGCAUGCAUGAUCAUAUUGAAGAGAUGGGCAGGAAUAUUGUUCGUCGGUUGCACCCGGAUAAGCCUAACAAACAUAGUCGAUUGUGGAUUACCAAGGAAAUUGAAGAUGUAUUGACUAAUGACUUGGGUACCGAAGAGACAAGAUAUAUAAAAUUUGACACACGUGACCUCAAUCCGGAAAUUCUAAUGAAAGGUCUUAGAAAAAUGAAGGAACUUAGAUUUCUUUACGUGCGUGGUGAAAGUAAAAGCGAAUGUUCUCAUCCGAAUUCGAAAUUUAGUAAAUUCCCAGAUGCUUUACGAUAUCUGCAAUGGAACUAUUACCCCUUCAGGUCUUUACCCAAAACAUUUAAAGCAAAUAAUCUUGUUGCACUUGAGAUGAAUUCCUGUAAAAUCAUACAACUUUGGGAAGGGGGAGAAAGAAAGGUUUUUAACAAGCUCAGAAUCCUUGACCUUAGUUGGUCAAAGCUCAGGACCCUUGAUCUUGGGCUUACUCCAAAUAUAGAGACAUUGAAUCUUAUAGGAUGUCAUGAAUUGGUAGAACUUCACAUGCUUUCUGGAAGUAUAAAGCUCACAACCGUUGACCUCCGUGGGUCAACGUUGAGGACCCUUGACCUUGGGUUGGCUCUCAAUCUCGAGCUGUUAAAUCUUACAAAAUGUUCAAAUUUGGUAGAACUUCACAUGCCCGAUAGAUCUCCAAAUCUGAGAUCCAUCAAAGCUGGAUAUUCGAAGUUGAGGACCCUUGACAUUGGGCUGACUCCAAAUCUCGAGUAUCUAGAUCUUGAAAAGUGUUCUGAUCUAAAAGAACUUCACAUGGGCGAUGAAUGUCAAAAGCUCACAUUCCUUAACAUCAGUCGUUCAAAGUUCAAGAACCUUGACUUGAAGCUAACUCCAAAUCUCAAAACGUUAGAUCUUAAGAAUUGUUACAAUCUUGUAGAACUUCACAUGCUUGCUGGAUGUAAAAAGCUUAUAAGCAUUGACCUCAGUUGGUCAGAGUUGAGGAGCCUUGACCUUGGGUCAGCUCUCAAUCUCAUGCUCUUAGAUCUUACAAGAUGUUCGUCUUUGGUAGAACUUCACAUGGCUGAUAGAUCUCCAAAUCUGAGAUCCAUCAAACUUGGAUAUUCGAAGGUUAGGACCCUUGACAUUGGGCUGACUCCGAAUCUUGAGUAUUUAGAUCUUGAAAUGUGUUCUGAUCUAGAAGAACUUCACAUGGGCGAUGAAUGUCAGAAGCUCACAUUCGUUAACAUUAGACAUUCAAAGAUCAGGAACCUUGACCUUAGUCUGACUCCAAAUCUCAAGACGUUAGAUCUUAAUCAUUGUUCCAAUCUUGUAGAACUUCACAUGCUUGCUGGAUGUAUAAAGCUUGAAACUGUUGACCUCAGUUGGUCAGGGUUGAUGACCCUUGACCUCGGGUCAGCUCUCAAUCUAUGGCAGUUAGAUCUUACAAGAUGUUCGUCUUUGGUAGAACUUCACAUGGCUGAUAGAUCUCCAAAUCUGAGAUCCAUCAAACUUGGAUAUUCGAAGAUUAGGAUCCUUGACAUUGGGCUGACUCCGAAUCUUGAGUAUUUAGAUCUUGAAAUGUGUUCUGAUCUAGAAGAACUUCACAUGGGUGAUAUAUGUCAAAAGCUCAGAUUGCUUAACAUCAGGUGUUCAAAGAUCAGUAACCUUGAUCUGAGGCUGACUCCAAAUCUCAAUACGUUAGAUCUUAAAAAUUGUUCCAAUCUUGUAGAACUUCACAUGGACAAUGAAUCGCUAAAAAAGAUUGUCUUCUUAGACUUAAGCGGUUGUUUGAGGUUUAUCUCAUUUAAGUUUGACAUACAGAGUAAAGCUUCUUGUAGUGAGGUUGGUCCUUUAGCUGAGUUACAUUUGAUUGCAGAGACCCUAGAUGUAUGUCCAUUACACCCCAACAGCCAUUUGCCAAAGUUUCAGUUUAGAUGUUCUUAUAAAGAAGAUCAACCCUUAUUGACUAGAAACAUUGAGAAGCUUAUUUCUUUUGGUAUGUGUGCUUGUACAGACUUUGAUACGUUUUCAAGAAGCAUUUGUGGGUUAGAAGGUUUAAGAGAGCUUAAACUCCAAGGCAGUAUUCCAGAGGUCCCCAAGGAUCUUGAUCAGCUACAAUUUGAGUCAUGUUCAUUGCUUGAGAAAUUACCUGAGGAUCUUGGCCGAUUAGAAUGUUUAAAGAAGCUAACUUUGUCUUCUGAAAAGAUCAAAGAUCUUCCUGAUAGCAUUUGUAUGCUGAAACAUCUGGAAACCCUCGAACUUUCUUGUCGGGUUCUUGAGAAAUUACCUGAGGAUCUUGAUCGGUUGGAAUGUCUGGAGAAGCUAACUUUGUCAUCUGAAAAGAUUAAAGAUAUUCCUGAUUGCAUCUUUAUGUUGAAACAUCUGCAAUCCCUCGAACUUUCUUGUCAGUUUCUUGAGAAAUUACCCGAGGAUCUUGGCCGAUUAGAAGGUUUAAAGAAGCUAACUUUGUCAUCUGAAAAGAUUAAAGAUCUUCCUGAUAGCAUUUGUAUGUUGAAACAUCUUGAAUCUCUUCAACUUUAUGAUUGUCGGUUGCUUGAGAAGUUACCUGAAGAUCUUGGCCGAUUAGAAUGUUUAAGGAAUCUGUGUUUGACAUCUGCAAAGAUUAAAUAUCUUCCUGAUAGCAUUUGUAUGUUGAAACAUCUUGAAUCUCUCAAACUUGAUGAUUGUUCGUUGCUUGAGAAGUUACCUGAGGAUCUUAACCGAUUAGAACGUCUAGAGAUCCUCAAUCUCAGCUUUUGCAAGCUUUUACAAGAUAUCCCGUGCUCUAGGGAUGAUUUGGAGAGCCUCUGUAGACUCGGGAGAAAAGCCUAUUCACAAACAACUAUUAUAGCAGAAAACACACUACGGUGGGUCGGGGAGAAAGUCUUGGAGGCGCACUCUGGGCAAAACCACCGAUGGCUGUGCAUUUUGGCACUGCAAUGCAAUGAACCGAACUUGUUUUCAUAUUAA